AUGGCCAUAUCUGAAGGUCUAGAGGCAUAUGUCUUUCAUAAUUUAUCACCACAUGCGGAUGACAUAGCUCUGCAAGCUGACCAGAUCAGAGAGGCCCAGGAGCUACUGGGCAGAUUGGGGUUGGAAAGUGAGAAAGUAGGUCUGCACCUCAAUGCCAAAAAAAAAGAACAUGAUGCAUUGGGGACUCAUGGCGGUACGUCUCUCAAGCUCGUUGAUGAUAUAAAGUACCUUGGUGCCAGAAUGCAGAGCACUGAAAAGGACAUCAAGGUCCGGAAAGCGCUGGCUUGGAAAGCUCUACUUGAUCUGAAGAAAAUCUGGACUUCGAGCCUACCAAAGAAGCUGAAGUUGUGGUACUUCCAAGCAGCUAUCGAAACGAUUCUCCUCUAUGGUAGUGAGACGUGGAUCCUCACUGCAGCCCAGGCCAAAUCACUCAAUGGGUGUUACACCAGGAUACUCAGGAUUGCACAGAACGUCAACUGGAAGGCCCAUAUGACGAACACCGAGCUCUACGGCAACCUGCCUAAGAUCUCAGAAAAGGUCGAGUCUAAACGUGCUGGGCACUGCUACAGACACCAAGAGCUGCCAGCAAGUCGGGGAUCUUAUGGGAGCCAAUUAAAGCAUGGGAAACCAAGCAGAGGGAGGCCAAUCAAGACAAUAGUGAGGUUGAUGAUGGAUGAUGCAGGGGUUGAGACAACGGACGAGCUCGCUAGCUGCAUGAACAGUCGUGAUGUGUGGGGUGUGCGUCAUCGCGAUUGUCUCAAGCAUCCACUUGGGUCGAUGAGUGAGUGA